AUGGCACCCCAGGGGCGAAAGUUUGGACUGUCGUCCAGCGGUGGCAGUCGGGGACGUGGAGGGUUCAGAGGAGGAUCCAGAAGUAACACGAAUUUCCGUGGAGGACGCGGAAGAGGACGUGGAACCGCGACCGGACGUGCGCCAGCGGACGGCCCAGCUCCCCAACGCGAAGAUGAUGGGUCGCAAUUGGCAGAACGGUUCGAGCAAGUGCGUCUAAGUGACGAAAUCGACGAAAAGCUCGGGUUUCCGCGCGUACAGGAGGGCCAGCGACGCGAGGGCUGGCUCAUCAAUAUGCAUCCUACGCUUGUCAAGGAUCCCGACUACCCUGGCGGGCGCGCUGCGGUGGAUUUUUAUUUCAUCACGGACGAAGGAGGGUCGUUCAAGUGCACGAUGCAGUAUGAGCCUUAUUUUUAUAUCGCGUGCAAGAGUGGUUCGGAAUCAGCGGUGGAGGAAUGGCUCAUGAAACGCUAUGAAGGCAUGAUAUCCAGAAUCGUUCGAGACAGGAAAGAAGACCUGAAGCUUCCUAACCAUUUGAUGGGCUACCGUCGCCUCUAUCUCCAACUUUGUUUCCGCAACGUCUCUGAUCUCCUCACUAUCAGAAGAGAUGUCGCCCCUCUUGCCCUUGCCAACGGCUCUAAACGGGAUGCUGUCGACGCAUAUGCAGAGGUCGUUAGCGCUACCGCGAGUGCCAGCACUAACAUCGAGCUGGAAGGGGAGUGGAGGGAAAUUGGCGGGAGCUCGAGUGGAGCCGGUUACCGGGACAAAGACCCACGCGAAUGCAUCGUCGACAUACGCGAAUUCGACUGUCCAUAUUACCUUCGUGUGGCCAUGGAUAACGAGAUGCGAGUGGGGCUUUGGUACGCGGUGAUCUUUAUAGCUGGGCAGCCGUCCUUCACGCACAUGGCGGAGAGGGUUAAGCGUGCAGACCCAGUCGUCAUGGCAUACGAUAUCGAGACGACCAAGGCCCCGCUCAAGUUUCCCGACCAUGCCAUUGACCAGGUCAUGAUGAUCUCGUACAUGGUAGAUGGCCAGGGAUAUUUAAUCACGAACCGGGAGAUAGUCAGCGAGGACAUAGAUGACUUCGAAUAUACGCCGAAGGAGGGUUACGAAGGACCGUUUGUCGUGUUUAAUGAAAAGGAUGAGGCAGCAACUAUUACCCGCUUCUUCCAACAUAUUCAAGAUGCGAAACCUACUGUCAUGGCCACGUUUAACGGUGAUUUCUUCGAUUUCCCCUUCCUUUGUGCUCGUGCCAAAGCGAACGGCAUCGAUAUGUUCAUGGAAACCGGUUUUGCAAAGGAUUCGGAAGACGAGUUCAAGAGUCGGUGCUGCGUCCACAUGGACUGCUUCCGCUGGGUGAAACGCGAUUCCUAUUUGCCUCAAGGUAGCCAAGGUUUGAAAGCUGUGACAACGGCGAAACUAGGGUAUAAUCCUAUCGAAUUGGACCCAGAGCUUAUGACACCGUACGCGUCGGAGCGACCCCAAUACCUCGCGCAAUACUCCGUUUCCGAUGCAGUGGCAACCUAUUACCUCUACAUGAAAUAUGUCCAUCCGUUCAUAUUCUCGCUGUGCAACAUAAUUCCCUUGUGCCCUGAUGAAGUCUUACGGAAAGGUAGUGGUACUCUUUGUGAAACUCUUCUCAUGGUUGAAGCAUAUCGUGCGCACAUCAUAAUGCCAAACAGACACGAGGAUCCUCAUCUGAACAUGUAUGAGGGACAUCUGCUUGCAUCAGAGACUUACGUUGGUGGUCACGUCGAAGCUCUUGAGGCCGGAGUAUUCCGCAGUGACAUUCCUGCUGAUUUCAAGAUCGUUCCUGCAGCCGUCCAAACACUUAUCGACGACCUUGAUGCUGCCCUUACAUUUUGCAUCGUGGAAGAAUCGAAAUCUUCCCUCGAGAGCGUCACGAAUUAUAACGAAGUCAAACAGCAGAUUCAAAGUGCGCUAGAACAAAUGCGUGACCAGCCAAAGCGUACCGACAAGCCCCUCAUUUAUCACCUCGAUGUCGCGGCCAUGUACCCAAAUAUCAUGUUGUCCAACCGUCUCCAACCUGAUUCUAUGGUCGAUGAAUCAGUCUGUGCCGUGUGCGAUUAUAAUCGCCCGGGCAAAAAGUGCGACCGGAGAUUACAAUGGGCCUGGAGAGGAGAGUUCUUCCCUGCCCAUAGAGACGAGUAUAACAUGAUUCGUCAUGCACUAAACCAGGAGACAUUUCCGCCUAAGAAGCCAGGAGAACCGCAGAGAAAGUUCGUCGAAUUAACUGAAACCGAACAGAUGGCGUUAUUGCACAAACGGCUUGGUGACUACUCUCGCAAAGUGUACAAGAAGAUGAAGGACACGAAGGUGGAGACCCGCGAGUCCAUCGUUUGCCAAAGGGAAAAUCCUUUCUACGUGGACACCGUCCGCCGCUUCCGUGAUCGACGCUACGAGUACAAGGGGUUGCACAAAACGUGGAAGAAGAACCUGGAUACAUUACUCGGCGAAGGACGCUCGCUUGCGGAGGUAGAUGAGGCAAAGAAAAUGAUCGUUCUCUACGACUCUCUUCAGCUUGCCCACAAGUGUAUCCUGAACUCAUUCUAUGGUUAUGUGAUGCGCAAGGGUGCGCGGUGGCAUUCAAUGGAAAUGGCUGGUAUCACCUGCCUGACGGGUGCGACAAUCAUCCAGAUGGCGCGGGCGCUCGUAGAGCAGAUCGGUCGCCCCCUCGAGCUCGACACCGACGGUAUAUGGUGUAUGCUUCCGGGUGUAUUUCCCGAGAACUUUAAGUUCAAACUCUCGAGCGGCAAAUCUAUUGCAUUCUCGUACCCCUGCACAAUGCUGAAUCAUCUGGUGCACGCUCGCUUUACUAAUCAUCAAUACCACGACUUGGAUCCCGAAACAGGGGAAUACGUCAUACACUCUGAAAACUCGAUCUUCUUCGAACUGGACGGCCCAUAUCGCGCCAUGAUCUUGCCUUCGUCAAAGGAAGAGGACAAACUGUUGAAGAAGCGUUACGCCGUCUUCAAUGAUGAUGGUUCGCUUGCCGAGCUCAAAGGCUUCGAGGUGAAGCGUCGCGGAGAGCUGCAGCUCAUCAAGAUUUUCCAGUCCCAAAUAUUCGAGAAAUUCCUCUUAGGUACCACUACACAAGAGUGCUACAGCGCGGUUGCGUGCAUAGCAGACCAGUGGCUCGAUAUCCUCUUCAGCCACGCACAAACCCUAAGCGAUGAGGAACUCGUCGACCUCAUCGCCGAAAAUAGAAGCAUGUCGAAGACACUUGCGGAGUAUGCAGGCCAGAAGUCUACGUCCAUCAGCACGGCCCGACGACUUGCUGAGUUCCUAGGAGCUCAGAUGGUCAAGGAUAAAGGCUUGGCGUGUAAGUUCAUCAUCUCGGCGAAGCCACAGGGUGCUCCUGUGACGGAAAGAGCAGUUCCCGUCGCCAUUUUCUCCGCCGAAGAAUCCGUGAAACGUACAUAUCUGCGCAAAUGGCUCAAAGAUCCGGCACUGACCAACUUUGAUCUUCGUGCUAUCUUGGACUGGGAAUACUACAUUGAGCGCCUUGGCUCGGUGAUCCAAAAACUUAUCACCAUUCCAGCUGCAAUGCAGGGCGUUCCAAACCCUGUGUCAAGAAUUAAACACCCGGACUGGCUGCAUCGAAGAGUUGCGACGGCAGUGGAUAAGUUCAAGCAGAACAAAGUCACCGACUUUUUCUCUAAGGCUGCCCAGAAGCUUUCAACGGAUGAAGAGGUGAUGGAAGAUUUUGGUGUUCCAAAGGCACCCGAUACCGAACGCAUUGCAAUCGUGAACCGUAGGCCUAAGCGGAAGCCAAGCGUGGAGCCAGAGGAAGAAGUUACCAACGCUCCUCUCCCAGACCCUCACACCAAUUACUUCGCCUGGCUGAAAGCCAUCAAGCCUCGAUGGCGACAAACGCGAGAGGCCCGUUGGGGCGGUUCCGCUGCUGCUAUUGUCCCUUCUAUUUUCAAAGGCACUAAAAUACGAACUACGCAACGAUGGGACGUGGUGCAAAUCCGACCUAGCAAGAUCCCUGGCCGCUUUAACAUGUGGGUACUCGUAGAUGGGCAACUCACGCCCGUUCCGCUUCGCAUUCCACGACAAUUUUACCUUCAUUUCAAGACAAAACCGAGAGAUGAUCUCUUCCGUACCGAAUACUACCAGUGUAUAAAAACGGCCAAGCAUCUGCCCAGAGAUAUUCCUUGCAAAUAUUUAUACGGAAUCACAGCCAAGGAAGACGUGUACCUCGAUAUUCAGGAACACUUUACGGACCUCAUGCAUGAUCCCAAUGUCGACGGGGUAUUCGAGCGCCAGGUUCCAUUGGAGAUGCGUGCCAUUCUAAAACUGGGAAAGACGUGUAUAGUCGACGAACCUGGACUUACGCUCAAUCGUGCACAAAGCAGUGGAAUGGAACUCGAUCAACUCGACCGCGCGGGUACUUCUCUUUCACACAACUCUUAUCUCAGUGCCGUGCGCGGAGAUAAAUACCUCUUUCUGUACCAUGCAUGUUCGAACAGCGCUCUGAUUCACGUUUUCGCCCUUUUCCUUCCCAGCGGAUCCGUCAAACUCCAUCUAGUUGACCCUGCAACACGACGGCAAGGAUUACCUCGCCUCCGAGAGCUUUACGCUGAGCUGUUGAAGAAGCGGAGAUCUCAGCAUGGAGACCCCGCUUCGAUACAGUAUCCGGCGUCCUGCGAUUUUACGACCACGUACCAUAGCAAGGACACGACUGCUCUCAAAGCAAUUUCUAGGGAGCUUGGGCUUCUGGAGAAUAUGUCGUAUAUGGUAGUCAUCUCAUCGUCUAAAGAAAACAUCUACUUCGAUACCUGGAUGCCAAAGCUCUCCAAAUUCCCUCUGCUGUCCAUGUCGAAAACCAAAGCCCCACAUUCUCUGGACGUGUUCCCCUGGCAGACACAUGUAGCGCAAAAGAUGCUUCAACGGUACCUGUCCCUGGGCAUGUGGCUUGAUCGUUCAAUUGCGCUCGCAGACUACUUCGAUGUUCCAGUAGGGCACGUCGACGGAGAUCAACCGCUGCUGCUGUCUGACAUUAGCUUCGCGCGGCGACUGAUGCAACAGGACAUUAUCUUGUGGUGGUCUCCGUCUGAGCGACCUGAUUUGGGCGGCAGAGAAGCAGAUAACUCGCCCAUCGAGGACCUACAGCACACGGAAUUCGUGACCCCAGGUUGUUACUCAAAUGUUUGCCUGGAGGUAACCGUCCGUAAUCUCGCCGUGAAUUCUGUACUGCACUCAGUUGCUAUCAACGAGCUCGAAGGCAGUGGUGGCACAACCGCGUUUGACUCUGUAUCUCGCACACUGGACGAAUAUUCAGAGGCUGACGACCAACGAGAUCUCACGCUCGGAGAAUCGAACAUGUCCGCACUUACGUUUAGCAUUCUAAAGGCAAUGAUCCGGACAUGGCUGUUGGACAGGAUACAAGGCAACUUUGAAAGCCCCGCAACGAUUACUAUCGACCACUUCUGGCGCUGGAUUAGCACUAGUGCUUCACACCUUUACGAUUCUCGUAUCCACCGCUUCAUCCAUGGUUUAAUGCGGAAAACUUUCAUCCAAAUGCUCGCUGAAUUCAAGCGUCUAGGUGGUCAGGUCAUCUACGCCGACUUCAGCCGGAUCUUGUUGGCGACGUCUAAACCCCCUGGCACUGCCCACGCCUAUGCGACCUACAUUACCACGGCAGUUACGUCGCACUGA